ACGAGAAACUUUUCUUCCAGAAACUGUAUGAGGACGCAUUACACAAAGAGAAGGAGGCAGAGGCAGCAGUCAGAGGCACAAGUAUUUGCUGAACAGGUGGCCCUCCUUGCGGUUCCGGAAUCGAAUGAUGACCGGUUCCAAGAAAAGCUAGCUGUUGCCGUAGCAGCCUUGGUUCAACUGCGGACCUUGGAAGACCUUGAGUCCCGUGCGACAGCUCUCGAGCAGUGGAACCAAGAGCUGCAGGCUGAGAUAGUCAGCCUCAAACAGUCCCAACUGUCUGCCCCCCGUCCUCCUAACCCUCGAACUGUUGCAGUCCCAGUCUCUCACCCUAACACAGUCCUCAUGACGAGAGCAAGUGGAACUGUGACGAGCCCAGGAACCGGUGCCAGCUCCUCAAGCGGCGGUGCCGGCAGAUCUGCACUGGUCAUAGUCCCAAAUGCAGGAACAUCAGCCCAAAACGCCGCAGUCCUUACCGGUGUUCAAUACAACGGUCCCGUAGUGGACAAGAGGGCGGCCACGCUGAAGUCCAAGUACAACGGGAAAGGGGAUAUCACCUCUUGGAUUAGCUCCAUGCGCUCGUACUUCAAGGUAUUGCGAACACCGCAGGAAGACCGAAGCAUGAUCAUGGGCACAAAUACUGAGCCCGUCGUACGGAGUUUCAUAGAACUCGAAGCUGUUAUUGCAGGUUAUGAGAGGAUUGAACCUGACCGAGUGGCUGAAAGUGGCUCCUUUGUAAUUGCUGUAAAUUCUCAAUCUGAUUUUCUCUCUCCUGAUGAGGAUGAUCCUCCACCGGAAGUCCCAACAAACAUUAGCCAUCUAUUAGAUCGAUUACCUGAAGUUCUGGCUGAACCUCGUGGAGUUCCCGAGUGUCCGAUCAAACAUGAAAUCGAGAUAAUAGAAGGGAGUGUUCCUCCAAAGAGUUGCGUCUACCGUAUGGGACAAGGCGAGUUGGAGGAGUUGAGGAGACAAAUUGAUGAUAUGAUCGAUCGUGGAUGGAUUAGGCCUAGUGAGUUCGGUGCACCUGUCUUGUUUGUGCUGAAGAAAGGAGGCAAACUCCGGAUGUGUAUUAACUAUCGUGGCCUAAAUCGGAUCACCAAAAAGAAUGUUUAUCCUUUGCCUCGCAUAGAUGAUCUACUAGAUGCGGCAAGUGGAUGCAAAGUCUUUUCCAAGAUCGACCUCACAUCUGGCUACCACCAGAUUGAAGUUGAUCCGAGCGACCAGCACAAAACUGCAUUCAAGACAUGCGAUGGGCUGUACGAAUUCGUCGUUAUGCCCUUCGGUCUUACGAAUGCACCAGCCACAUUUCAGUGCCUCAUGGGCAAGGUUCUCCGCCAUCCGCUCAACAAGUUUGUUGUUGUUUACCUCGACGACAUCCUGAUUUUCAGCAAGUCCAUGGAAGAGCACGUCAGGCACCUUGAGGAGGUUUUGCAGGUCCUCAAGGAGGCACAACUGCACCUCAACUUAGAGAAAUCUGAGUUUGGAAGGGACAACGUCAUCUAUCUUGGGCACGGGUUGUCUGCAAACGGCCUUGAGCCGGAGGCAACCAAGGUUGCGGUCAUACGAAAGUGGGCUCAACCAGCAAACGUACGCGAAUUGCGUUCUUUUCUUGGUUUGGCCUCGUAUUACCCGAAGUUUGUACCCAAAUUUUCUGUCAUUGCUCACCCACUCUCGAGACCAACAAGUGAGAAUGUUGCCUAUGCGUGGGGUGAGAAAUGUGAGACUGUGUUCCAAGCCUUGAAAGAGGCUUUGGUAAGUCAUCCUGUGCUCCGCAUUGCGGAUCCCAACCUCACGUCCGUGGUCACUACGGACGUGAGCCAGUAUGGGAUUGGUGUAGUGUUGCAACAAGAUGAUGGCGAUGGUCUGCGUCCGCUCGAAUAUUACAGCAAACGCAUGCCCAACCACAAGAUAAAUCGCACUUGUGCUUUCGUGGUGAAGAAUGGUCCAGUAGGUGGGUACGGCAAGCGUGUUCUUUGGCGGCAAAAGCGCCAGGAUCACAUGCUUGUCGUUUUCGACGAUGAUACCAUAGAGAAAAUACCUCUCGAUGAAUCUGAGGGAGGAGGACGUAAUGGCGGCAGGGAGUCUGGGAGGGGUGACGACACUGCCGUAGUGGCCAACAAGGGUGGCAUAGGUCAGUGGAAGAAGACGAGGAGGCCACGCUCGUUCCCCGCGCAUCCUGGCAUCACGUACAGGAAGCCCUGGGAGAAGAUGGGGAUCACACGUGAGGAGUGGCAGUCCAAGAUGGACAAUCGCCAAUGCCUCACAUGCGGAACUGUGGGUGCACGUGAUAACCUUUUGUCCCUUGAUUCGAAACCCAAAAGCGAGCAGCCAGUAGGAUUAGCAUCUACUCCUACUGAAUCGAAGGGUUUAGACAAAGGUAAGACGCCGACAAUCCUUUCUAGCCCCUCGACUCUUAAGGCAGAGGAUGAGGCAGAGGAUGACUCUUCUUCAGCCCGUCGUCCAGAGCACCCUGACCCUGUUCUUUGUUUUGUCUCACAAGACGAUUCCCUUGACGAACUCGGCAAUGAACUCGUAGGACUUCGGAGUUCGUGGGCUAAGAAAGCUAAGUCUAAGGGUGAACUCAUGAUCGCGGAUAUUGAGAUUGCGCAUACGCGAGUAGGUGUGCUGUUAGACCAGGAUCGACGCGGUCUUAUAUCUCAAAGAAGGCAAUUUGUAAUUGCAUCUGGGAAUGAAGUCUUCCGCGGUGCUAUUCUUGUAUUGUCUCUGAGAGGUCGGUUCUCGGUUCUAAUCCAUGUUGAUUGAUGCCAAUUAGGCAUGCGACAACACCCCUCGAAAUCUCCAUUGUUUCAACUAGUUUCAUUUUGUCUGACUUAUUCGUGGUACAUGCUCCAUGACUUAUUCGUGGUACAUGCUCCAUGUUGGGUUUGGCACUAGGGGAUCUCCAGUCCGAUCUGACCAAACCCAUUCGUUAAAGUCAAACCUCUUUGAAUUAUUUUAUUUAUUUAUUUUAUUCUACUGCGUGGAUGUCAUUCUCUAGUCCAAAUGAAUUGCAGCUCCAGCU